UCCUCUUCUCUCUUCCUCGCUUGCCAUUUUAAGCGGAAAACAAUCCAAACCCUAGACAGCAAAGGAGGUCAGACAGCUUCCUUUUUUUUUUGAACAUUGAAGACAGCUUCUUCUUCUCCAAUUCCAAAACCCUAGCUCAGGAUUGCUUGAUGGAAUGGACUGUCAGUCCAUCAACAUUUGAUGACGGGUAAACGGCCUGAUGAAUGGCCUGGAUCACUGAAAGGUUAAUCUAGGAAGGUUACAAGUAAUUAAGGAAUUCAUACAACAAUGGGUAGAAAGAAGAGAAAUUCUGAUUCUGUUGAAGGUUCCCUGGAUCAAAACGAUGCCCCUGUCGAUGAAGUCCCUCAACGUGAAAAGAAAGCAAGAAAAGAGAAAACAGAAGAGGAGGACGCAGGUGGUGGUACCCCUUGUGUCAUCCCUCACUCCCUCAAACCGAUGGAGAAAAGGAAGAAAAGAAAAACGAUGAUUAAAGAGAGAAACCAGACCAAUUCUAACACCCCAGAGCCAUCAAAAGUUAGAAACUUGAUUAAAGGCCCUGAUGUGUCUCAAGCACCUUCUCCUUCAAGCGUGUUACCUGAGUUCCACGUCGGCGUUUUUAGGGAUCUGGCCUCAGCCGAUUUGUCGGUUAGAGAAUCAGCUGCUGAAGCAUUGGUAACAGAACUGUGGAGUGUCCAGAAGGUGUAUCAGAAGCUGGGAAAGAAAGGAUCAAAUGAGGAUGAGGCACAGUUAGAAGCUGAGAAAGAUGAUGGUUUGAAGAACUGCGCACCGUCGUUGAGAUAUGCGAUUCGAAGACUUAUCCGUGGAGUUUCUUCUUCCAGAGAGUGUGCAAGACAAGGGUUUGCAUUGGGGUUGACGGUCAUUGUUGGCACAAUUCCAAGCAUCAAGGUGGACUCUCUGAUGAAACUGAUAGUUGAUUUACUAGAGGUUUCAUCAUCAAUGAAGGGUCAGGAAGCAAGGGAUUGCCUUUUAGGUCGCCUGUUUGCUUAUGGAGCUCUUGCUAGAUCUGGGCGAAUAUCUGACGAGUGGAUUUCUGAUAGCAACACCCCUACUGUCAAGGAGUUCAUUGGCCAUGUUAUCUCCCUUGCUGCCAAGAAGCGGUACUUGAGGGAGCCAGCUGUAUCAGUGGUGUUGGAGUUGGUCGAAAAGUUGCCUGUUGAAGCCUUGUUGAGCCAAGUUCUUGAAGCUCCGGGAAUGCAUGAUUGGUUCCAAAGUGCCACCGAUAUUGGAAAUCCAGAUGCAUUGUUUUUAGCCUUGAAGAUCCGAGAAAAGAUCGCUGUGGACAGUGAAGCUUGGAGCAAACUUUUGCCAUUUCCAUUCAGUCCCAACAACCUGUUCACUGUUGACCACUUGUCUUCCCUCAGUUCUUGUUUUAAGGAAUCAACCUUCUGUCAGCCUCGAGUUCACAGUGUGUGGCCUAUGUUGGUCAAUAUUCUUGUACCAGAUAUUGCAUCACAAGAGGAAGAUGUUUCCUCAGGAUCAAGUUCCAAUAAAAAGCACAAGAGGAGUCGGAGAUGUAGCUCUUCUGAAGAAGACAUUACCAAUAAUAUCCGCUACUUUUGUGAAGUUGUCAUUGAAGGAUGCCUCCUUAUGUCUUCUCAUGAUCGCAAGCACUUGGCCUUUGAUGUACUGCUACUUCUCCUCCCAAGAUUGCCCACAUCUUGUGUUCAUAUUAUACUCUCUCACAAGCUUGUCCAUUGCCUGAUGGAUAUCCUCUCAACUAAUGACUCCUGGCUAUACAAGGCUGCACAAUUCUUUCUAAAGGAAGUAUCAAACUGGAUCAGUAACGAUGAUGAUCGCCGAGUUGCAGUUGUUGUAGCCUUACAGAAACACAGCAGUGGGAAAUUUGAUUGUGUCACGCGAUCACAUACAGUUAAAGAUUUGGUUGCCGAGUUCAAGACGGGCUCGGGUUGCAUGCAGUUUGUCCAAAGCUUGAUGAACAUGUUUGUAGAUGAAGGGCGCCCGGAAGACGAACCUUCCGAUCAGAGCCAGACAACGGAUGAAAAUUCGGAGAUGGGUUCGUCGGAGGACAAGGAUUCUGGGACAACAUCAGGGAAUUCAGAUUUCCUCAAGAAUUGGGUUAUUGAUUCCCUGCCUCGUGUUUUGAAAAAUUUGAGACUGGAUUUUGAAGCAAAGUCCUGGGUGCAGAAAGAAAUAAUGAAAUUUUUAGCCGUGCAGGGCUUAUUCUCUGCGUCUCUAGGCACUGAAGUGACGUCGUUCGAGCUGCAGGAAAAGUUCAAAUGGCCACAGAUAGCCACCUCAACUGCUUUGUGCAAAAUGUGUAUUGAGCAGCUUCAGUUGCUACUGGCAGAUGCUCAAAGAGGAGAGGGGUCACAGGCUGUUUCUAGCGGCCUUGAGUCGAAUGAUCUGGGAUCGUACUUUAUGCGCUUCCUUGGCACACUAUGCAAUAUCCCUUCAGUUUCACUUUUUAGACCGUUGAGUAAUGAGGAUGAGAAGGCAUUCAAGAAAUUGCAAGCUAUGGACACUCGGCUUUCCCGGGAGGAAUGGAAUAAUGGACCUGGAGCUGAUGCAAAUAAAGUGCACGCACUGCGUUACUUGCUUAUCCAGUUGCUGCUGCAAGUCCUUCUCCGGCCGGGGGAAUUCUCCGAAGCUGCCUCUGAACUAGUUAUAUGUUGCAAGAAAGCCUUCGCUGCUCCUGCGCUUCUUGAUUCCUCAGGGGAAGAAGAUGAAUUUGAUGAUAAUGGGAUGCCAGAGCUGAUGGAUGUUCUUGUUGAUACUCUGCUUUCCUUGUUGCCUCAAUCGUCUGGCCCUAUGUGUUUUGCUGUUGAGCAGGUUUUCAGGUUCUUCUGUGAUGACAUUACAGAUGCCGGUCUGCUUCAAAUGUUACGUGUCAUAAAGAAAGAUCUGAAACCCGCCCGACAUCAGGCCAUGGACAAUGUAGCUGAUGAUGAUGAUGAGGAUCUUCUUGGGAUCGAAGAAGCAGAGGAUGAGACUGAUGAAGCUGAUGCAGCUGAAACUGGUGAUAGUGAUGACCAUGCGGAUGACUCCGAGGAAAUGCCUAGAGUGGAGCAGAAAGUGGAAGAGCAUCCAGCGUCUGAUGAUUCGGACGGAGGCAUGGAUGAUGAUGCCAUGUUCCGGAUGGAUUCUUACCUUGCUCAAAUGUUCAAGGAGCGGAAAAACUCGAUGGGGAGUGAGACUGCUCAUUCCCAGCUUGUGCUCUUCAAACUUCGUGUCCUCUCACUGCUGGAAAUAUAUCUACAUAGGAACCCAGGCAAGCCGCAGGUUUUGACGAUCUUCUCAUAUCUAGCUCAGGCAUUCGUGAAUUCACAUGUUGCAGAAGGUAGCAAGCAGCUCGGACAGCGAAUUGGAGCAAUUUUACAAAGGAAAAUACUAAAGGCAAAGGAAUACCCAAAGGAUAAAGAGAUUCAGCUCUCUACACUUGAAUCUAUGCUAGAGAAGAGCCUGAAAUCGGCCUCUCGCACCCGUCACAAAUUGGUUGCUUCUUUUGCUCAGAAUUCGACAUUUUGGAUAUUGAAAAUCAUCCAGGCGAGAAAUUUUCCCAAGCCUGAAUUGCAGAAGGUGUUGGAGAUCUUCCAGCACAUACUGGUGGACUAUUUCGACAGCAAGAAGUGCCGGUUAAAGUCUGGAUUCGUGAAAGAGGUGUUCCGGCGGUACCCGUGGGUUGCACAUGAGCUCUUCCGCUUCCUUUUGGAGAAGUGUGGGAGUGCGAAAUCAGAGUACAGACGGGUUGAAGCGCUUGAUCUGGUGAACAGAGUGCUGAAAUCGUGCAUUCCUGGCAAGGGAGACGGUGACAAGGAGAGGGCGAGUGCAUUGAAGUUUUGGAAGGCUCAUCUCUCAUCACUCUGUGAUCUGAUCCAACGGCUGCUGAGCAAGCAGCUAGAGAAGCAGUCACGUCGGGCGGAGGUGCGGCGGUUCUGCAGCAGGACUUUGGAUGCAGUCUUGUUGCUUAAACUAGAUAAGCCAUUUGUCGAGGCCUUGAAGCCGGAUGCUUAUGCUGCCUGCGAGUCUCAACUGGGCGACCUGUUUCUUCCUUUCAAGAAGCUGGGAAAGCAAAAGGGUUGAUGAGAGAGAAGCCGUGGGGCCCAUUGAUGGAAUCACCACGGCCUAUGAAUAUACUGUCUGCGAGUAAUUUGAUCCGUGCAAUCUGAGCCACCAGCUUGCAAAUAGGGCGUUUGGGCCCAUUGUUGCAUGCCAUCACGGUCCAGACAUUUUUGCCUGUGGGCUGCAGAUGCAAUUCCCAGAAGAAAAAACUAGAGCAAAUGUCUUCAUUCAAAUGGGCGAAAGUGGUUCAAUCAGAUGAACCGAUGGUCGACUACUGGAGGAAUGAUGAGCCUAUCCAAGCAAAGCGAUUUUUUGUGCUGUGGCCCAAUGUUGCAGUGGUCCACUACUGGAGGAAUGAUGAAUGGUCAUGAUCCUGUUGUUGGCAUGGUCCAGUCACUGCAGUUCUGAGUGAGGUUCCACACCGAGCUUCUGGUAGUAUCUUUUUUCUUUCAAAUUUCAAAGAACAUGUAGUUAUAAUAGAGAGUUGGAUAUACCCGAUCAAGAAUUCCCAUAUGGCCUAGUGAUGAAUAGAGCAUCAUUCGGGCAGUAAUACAAUCGUUGUAUUUCACCACCAUUCUGAAGUAGUAAAGCUUACCCAUAUCGCUUGGGCUGGUUUGA